CUUUAAAAACCGACGAGCUAGCUAGCAAAAAGCUAUCGUUCAUCAAGCAGGAAUAUUAGUAUCUGGGCGCAGGCUAGCUAGGUUAGUCGGAUUAAGUCGACGUACUAAGAUCGAAGAAAAUGAAGAUGGCAAUUAGACUUGGAGUUAGAGUUUGGAAAACCAUCAUGGUCCUCAACUUGGUGGUGAUACUAGUUCACUGCAGUUUUGGAUUAGUCGAAAUUGAAGCUCUUUCGACUCGUCUCCCUGAUACUGAAGUGCAAGCCCUCCGAGAAAUUGCUACACAAAUAGGAAAAGACUGGAACUUCAGGGUAGACCCGUGCAGAGGCUGGACUACCCCAAAUUCUACUGACAAUGAAUUCAAAAACAUUCUCAAGUGCAACUGCUCCUUCCCUGAUGGCCCAUGUCACGUCACCAACAUUAUUCUUAAAGGCCAAGAUCUUGCUGGUGUACUUCCACCAUCUAUUGCAAAGUUACCAUAUCUUACAGAAAUCAAUUUCGCAAAGAACUUCCUCAGUGGAAAUAUACCGAGUCAAUGGGCUUCUACAAAGUUGGAAUAUAUGUCUCUCGGUGUGAACAACUUAUCCGGACCAAUCCCUGCCUUCCUAGGAAAAAUUACCACUCUAACAAACUUGAUUCUAGAGACAAACAUGUUUUCCGGAACUGUUCCUCCUGAGCUUGGCAAUUUGGUUAACUUGCAGAGACUCAUUAUUAGUGCAAACAAUCUCACAGGAGUGUUACCAGCGAAUCUCACUAACCUGAACAAACUAACAGAAUUGGGGAUUAGCAGUAACAACUUCACUGGAAGAAUUCCAGACUUUUUCCGAAGUUGGAGUCAACUUAUAAAAUUAGAGAUCCAAGCUAGUGGUCUAGAAGGCCCCAUUCCGUCUAGCAUUUCUGUCUUGAGUAAUCUAACAGAACUAAGGAUCAGUGACUUAAAUGGAGGGGGUUCAGUAUUUCCAAACUUGACUAAUAUGAAAAGCAUGAAAAGAUUAAUGCUGAGGAGCUGCGGUUUAUCAGGACCUAUUCCUGAUUUAAAAGCAAUGGCAGGAUUGAAGGAAUUAGAUCUCAGCUUCAACAAAUUGGAAGGAAGGUUCCCUGAUCUUGAAGCUAUGGCUCUGGAUCCGGACGAUUUGCAGUACAUGUAUCUGACAAGCAACUUGCUCAAUGACUCUAUUCCAAAUUGGCUUAAGAGCAAAGAUAACCGCUACCAGAUAGAUGUUUCUUACAAUAAUUUUUCCAAGGACUCUGAGCCAUCUACAUGUAGCGAAUACCUGAACGUUUUCAAAGGCUCUUCUGCACCAAACAUCAACUCAUUAUCUGGAGCGUGCCUGGAGAAAUAUCCAUGUACAACAGUUCAGUACUCAUUGCAUAUAAAUUGCGGUGGAGGAGCGACCACCAUUGGAGAAGUCAAUUUUGAAGAUGAUACAGAUCUUGGAGGUGGAGCAAAAUUUGUUCCAAGAUCUAACUGGGGAACCAGUAGCACUGGAGUUUUCUGGGAUACUAAUGUCACCUCUUAUGACUACAUAGCAAAUAAUGUAUCGAUACUUGGAAUGGAAAACUCUCAGUUGUACACUCAUGCUCGCCUCAGUCCUCUUUCUCUCACAUAUUAUGCAAACUGCUUAGGAGAUGGAAAUUAUACUGUCAAACUUCACUUUGCGGAGAUAAUAAUCCGAGGCAAUAGAUCUUUUCGGAGUGUUGGAAGACGGAUAUUUGAUGUCUAUAUCCAGGAGAAACUUGUAUGGAAGGAUUUUGACAUCGUAAAGGAAGCACCAGGGGUUGAUAAGGUAGUCAUUAAGGUAACAAAUGCAGUUCAAGUUACAAACAAAACUCUAGAGAUUCGGUUUCAUUGGUCUGGGAAAGGCACAACAGCAUCCCCUAGACGAGGAGUCUAUGGUCCCCUUAUAUCAGCCAUUUCUAUAGAGCCUGAGUUCAAGCAUUCCAAAACAAAUAUGUAUAUUGUGGUUGGAGUUUCAGUUGGAGCUUCAGUUUUGUGCCUGUUCUUCUUAAUUUUUGGCAUUCUUUGGUGGAAAGGCUGUCUGGUGGAUAGUCAGACAUCAAGGGAAGAAGUUCUGAGAGGACUAGAUCUGCGGACUGGAUUUUUCACCCUGAGGCAAAUUAAAGCUGCUACUAAUAACUUUGAUCCUUUAAACAAAAUUGGGGAAGGUGGUUUUGGUCCCGUAUACAAGGGUACACUAUUGGAUGGUACUAUAAUUGCAGUUAAGCAACUAUCUUCAAAAUCAAAGCAGGGAAAUCGUGAAUUUGUGAACGAAAUAGGCAUGAUCUCUUGUUUGCAGCAUCCAAAUCUGGUUAAAAUGUAUGGAUGUUGUAUUGAAGCAAACCAGUUAUUGUUGGUGUAUGAGUACCUGGAGAACAAUAGCCUUGCUCGCGCUUUGUACGGUCCAGAGGAUGAUCUUUUAAACUUGGACUGGCCUACAAGGCAGAAAAUAUGCCUAGGCAUAGCAAAAGGUCUGGCUUAUUUGCAUGAGGAAUCGUCAGUGAAGGUUGUACAUAGAGACAUCAAAACUACGAAUGUGUUACUGGACCAACACCUCAAUGCUAAGAUCUCGGACUUUGGUUUGGCCAAGCUUGACGAAGAGGAGAAAACUCAUAUUAGCACCAAGGUUGCUGGAACUAUAGGAUAUAUGGCACCGGAAUAUGCUCUAUGGGGUUGUUUGACCUUUAAAGCAGAUGUCUACAGUUUUGGAGUUGUUGCAUUAGAAACUGUUGCAGGAAAGAACAACAUGAAAUAUCGACCCAAUGAGAACAUUCAAUGUCUUAUGGAUUGUGCCCUUGUUUUGCAACAAAGAGGGAACUUACUGGAGCUGGUGGAUCCGAGGUUGGGGUCCGAUUUCAGUAAGAAAGAGGCGAUUAGAACGAUCAAAGUAGCUCUACUGUGCGCCAAUCCAACAGCUGCACUUAGGCCCAUCAUGUCUGCAGUAGUGAGUAUGCUUGAAGGGCGGACCCCCGUGGAUGAAGUGGUUCUGGAUCCAAGUAUCCAUGGUGAUGAAAUGACGAGGUUAAGAGCCUUCGAAGAGCAGUUUGAUCACAGUACUGCACAAGGGAGCUCCCCAAGUGGAAGUCAUAGCCUCAUUCGUUCAUCAGAUGCACCAUGGACUGGUUCUUCUGUUACUACUACGUCUUCAGAUCUCUAUAAAUGUAGUCUUUAAUUAGUUCAUAGCAAUGCGAAUUUAGUGUCACUCCAGAACAAAUAGUUAUCUCUUGACAAUGUUUAGACAUACUAUUUAGUAGCUAGUAGCAAUUAAUUAUUUCUGCAUAUCUAUAACCGACUGACAGUGUCUCAAGGGCUACUCUAGAAUGCAAGCUUAGGACAAUUCAGACGAAGAAGGUUGAAAUGAAAGAAAAGUUCCCAUGCAUGGAUUGAAUGGAAAACUGAAAGACACAACAAAAAGAAAAGUCCAUGAUGUCAAGAUUUCAGUUUCCAUAAUAAUAGUAGUGUUGGCCCAACAAGCAGACUUGCAUGUGAGAUGUUUGGAAAUUAACCAUUCAUGGAUAUGUACGUUAUGUCAUAUACAUCAUAAUUCUGAUUAGGCUGCCUCCAUUGUUAAGAUUAUUGUAGGAAUUUCCCUUCCUCUUGUUCAAAUUUGAGAUGAGUUUAGUUUGGGCCAUUUAACAGACGGUAAAGAUUUUCAUUACGUCUGCUAUUUGGAUUCAAUGUGAACUCAAGCGUAAAGUCCCAAGUAACAAGAAUCUGUUGAGGUGAUGAGUGGUGAUCGAUGAUAGUAGAAAUGCCAGUGCUGAGAGCAAAACAGCAGAAAGAAAAGCCCAGCAGGCCCAACAUGAAACAUGAGUCUGGUGAUCUCAGCAUGUGUGCAAGUACAACUGCAUGCCUUGCAUGUGAUACUAGCCAGCUAAUUAACAGCUUGGGCUACAGAAAUAAUCUUGAGCCUCAGCAACGUGUAGCAGAUCAACCCCUCAGUUCUGGUGUCCUGCAUGACUUCACCAUGUGCAACUGACUUGCUUGAAGAUCAAAUCUGGACCGUACCCUGAUAGCCACGUGGCCCUCAUCUGAAUGCUAAUCUAGAAUAAUCUGUCAGCUAAUUAGUUUCAGUCAAUUAGUAUAAAUAGCUACUCCCUCUCUCAUUUUUUUUGUACGCU